AUGUCCCGUCCAGACCCAGCAAAGUCGGACUUUGCCAAGAUGGGUAUGGAGAAAUCCAAUUUCUUCGUUGUCUUUCCUGUCUUUCAGCUGAUCUUCUCGCUGCCAGGGAUCGUUGGAGCCGUCGUGGCCGUGAAGCGCAACUCCUUCGUUCAGGAGCGCGUGGACACCAUUGCAACCAUGAGCGCUGGCCCCCUUUACCUCGCAGUGUUUUUCAUGAGGUUCACCUUGAUGCUAAUGCAAGCCAGCCUUGGCAAUGCUCGGCGUGACAGCGGUGUGAAUGUGCCGGACCAGCAUGCCUACAAGGUGGUGGGCGGGAAUGCAGACGGAUCUUUAGUCUUGAUGGAUGAUGCAGAACCUUUCGGGCGCUUCAACCGGGCGCAGCGGGCUGUGCAGAAUCAUAUGGAGCAGAUCUUCCCGAUGGUUCUGGAGUUCUUGCUCAGCGGGUAUGUCUUCCCCUGGACGACGGCUGCACUUACCUCUGGCUGGGCUGCACUGCGCUGCUAUGGUGCCCUUCAGUACGCCAGCGACCGUCAAGCGCGGGUCAAGGGCAACCUCCCUGCCAACGUUCUCACGGGCUCCUUGGCCGGCCUCGUCGUCACCAUUGGCAUCUUGGCCUGCAUGAAAUGA